AUGGCUAUUGAAUCCCAAGUGGUGUAUAAUAACUCAAUCAACCAAGAAAGCCCAGCAAGCAAAAAGAGGCUAUCACCCUUCCUCUUCCUCAACCUCUUCUUCCUCGUCAUUGGCUGCGGCGGCAUGCCACUUCUCCUCCGCCUCUACUUCGUUCACGGCGGCCAUCUUAUAUGGUUCUCCACAUUCCUCCAAACUGCUGCCUUUCCUCUCCUCCUCCCUCCUCUCCUAAUCUCCAACUCAAACAAACCCAAACUCUGCUCCCUCAGAACUCCACCCCUCCUCCUUUCAUGCACCAUCCUCGGCCUUCUCACCGGCCUCGUCAACCUCUUCUAUGCCUACGGCCUCUCUUACGUCCCCGUCUCGAUCUCUUCGCUUCUCCUCUCCACACAGCUCAGCUUCACCGCGCUCUUCUCGUUCCUUAUAGUGAAGCAGAGGUUCACUCCGUUCUCGAUCAACGCGGUGGUUUUGCUGACCGUUGGGGCUGUGAUUCUGGGUGUAAAUUCUGCCGGGAAUCGGCCAGAGGGAGAGAAUCGGACGCAUUAUUACUUUGGAUUCGCCAUGACGCUCGGGGCAGCGCUGCUCGACGGGCUAUUGCCGACGCUAUCGGAGUUGAUGUACAAGAAGGCGAGGCAGCUAGUGACUUACACGAUGGUGUUGGAGACGCAGGUGGUCAUGGGUUUUUUUGCCACGGCUUUCUGCGCCGUGGGGAUGUUGAUCAACAAUGAAUUCCAGGUCAUCUCGAAAGAAGCAAAGGAGUACGGACUAGGCGAGACCAAGUAUUACAUGGUGAUAAUAUCCUUCGCUGUGGUCAUGCAGUGUUUCUUCCUGGGGAGAGUAGGUGUGGUUCUCUACUCGUCGGCGCUGCUCACCGGCAUCGUCGUCGACGUCCUCCUUCCGGUGACGGUGGUUCUUGCUGUCAUCUUCUUCCAUGAGCCGUUCACCAGUGAUAAGGCGGUGGCUCUUGUGCUCUCAAUCUGGGGUUUCACUUCCUAUGUCUACGGGGAGAUAAAGGAUACUAGAAAAAGGAAGAAAAGUGCAGUCAUGGUGGAGGCCAUUCAUCCAGCCUUGGAAAAUUAG